GCCACAGGCCGCAAACACGAAAAGAUUGCUGUCGAAGACCUCUCAGCGAUGUGCAACUAUCGCCAGCUGGGACGAAAAAGGGUGGAGGUCUCGAAAUGAAGGCGGGGUGACAGGCAGGCUGUCAAGAUAAGGCCACAAGGAUGCGAAGGAUAGGGCGCCGUCCGAUCCAAGCGAGAGCACCACUGGUGCGAUAACUAGUUCAUCCAGGCUGCAAAGUCCACGCCGGUCAGCUCAGGCCAGCACGGGGAGAUAUGGGGGAGCGGCGAGAGGAGGUCGAAGCAGACGGAAGGCCAGCAGAACCGGGACGAAGGAGUGCCAAGGCGCCAGGUCGCUUUGGGCUGAGCGCCAGCACGAUGACUCAACCGCUCGUAUUUACGACCGCGAGGAGCCAAAAGCGGCGCUGUGUUCUAGAACUCGGCCGCCCAGAGCCGCCUUUCUGCUGCCAGCCCUGCCGCCCGCGCUUUUCCCAAUGCGAAUUAGUUGCGGUGCUGCCUUUGGCCGGCGACAAUCUCCUCAAUAAAUCCGAUUUCUCCGCUUGCCGCCUGAUUGCCUGGUCGUCUUUUUUUCGCCGCUCCGACCGUUCGUGCGGGCUGGAAAACGGCGGUGAUGACAUUCCAACCACUUUGCCUGUGUCCAGUGACCAACGAGCAGCUCCUCCAGCGCCAUCCAGCGCAAACCCUGCUCGGCUGGCACUGACCCCGGUUCGACUACGGAACGUCUGCUUCCGCCCUCGCGGUGUCGGAUUCUCGUGUUUCACCGGAGUAACAUGUUACUUCACCCACUGUUUCAACCCAACAUUGGGAGUGUUUGCGACACCGGCGCAUUAGGUAUAUACGCAGUACCCCGUACCCAGUUCCAUUCAAGACGGUGGCUGGCGAUGCAGUCGAGCUCGAACUCCCACCGAGAGACCGGGAUACCGAGCCUACAACCCUCUCCAGGCAUGUGCAUGAUCUUGGAAGAACCCUUUAAACCCAUUGAGAUGGAAACUCUUGUUGGGAGUUGACAGCAGCCGGGACUCGCCGGAUUUACCCCCUGCAGUCACAGCAGGGAUAAAAAGUCUCUCCCCGGACAUCUAUCAGAUCGAAAUAUGCGAGGGACCACUUCCCAACAAAUGUUGGGAAGCCGGGACCCAUGGAGACCGAUAUGAAAUACUUACGUCCGUACGGAGUAUAUAUUAAAUGCAGCUGCCUUGCUCUGUACAUUGGCCAGAGUUUCUAACGGUCGUGACAGGCGCGCCUCUGCUGAUUAUGGCUGGCAAUAUUGAAUAUCUCUUCUGUUUCUUUUCUUUUUUGUUUUUUAACCAAAAAUUUUUACGUUCCUUUCGUUACAAGGUUUUGGCAUUGCCCAGCUGUAAAACUGUAGCCGCAAAAUACGCACAUGAUAAAUACUGCAAAGAGAGCACAUUCGUCUC